UCGCGGCAGCGCGGCCGCGGGUAGGCCCGGCCUGGGGUCGCAGUCCCGGGACCGGCGGCUUUUAGUAGCUCCGGCCCGGCUCUGCCGUGCCGGGGGAGCCCCUGGGGACCGCGGCGGGGAGCAUCCGCCGGCCCUUCCCUCGGAGAUCCCCCAGCGCGGGCCCCGGGGCUGCCAGGCCGCCCUGCCCCGGGGGCUCUGCGGCCUUCUCUUGUCCCGGCGCCGGGACGCUCCAGGCCGGAGCCUCCUCCUGUUGCCGGCUGUAUCGCUCCCCCGUCCUUCCACGGGAUCUCUUUAUACGUAGGGAUAUCUGAAAGACACCCGCGUGUUUUUGAGAAACGCUUUGUUCCGAAAAAGUGUAAAAAACACAGUUCCAAAGUCACGAGGCCAGUGCCAAUGGGAUGGACAGCACCUUGCCAGCAGUAGCAGAAGAGCUCUUGCGAGAGAUCAAAAAGGCUUUUCAGGAGACCUCACAGGUCCCCGAUGACCUGCUGCUGGGGCUGAAGUUCAUAUUCGGCCCAUCUGCUGUCCCAGCUUUGGAUUUGGUGGAUCAGCGUUCUGUCACCCGAGUCACGUCCCCCAGUGGAAGGACUGCAUACCAGGUGCUUGGGAGCUCAGGCAAACUCUACACCUGCUACAGUUCCUGCCAUUUCUGUACAUGUCCCGCUUUUGGUUUUACUGUAUUGCAGAAGAACGAGAGCCUUCUGUGCAAACAUAUACUUGCCGUCUACCUCAGCCAGGCCAUGGGCGCUUGCCAGGAGCUAACUGUCUCUGAGGAGCAGCUCACGAGCAUCUUACUGGCCGAGGAAGAGGAUGAAGGAUAAAGGAUUCGGAUCACAUGUGGAUGUACUUUCUGUGUAGCCUCCCAGCUGUGUAGCUGGCAUUUUUUGUAGCUACAAGACUGUCAAAUGUUCGUCAUGGCUGAUAGAUGUCUUCCUGUGCUGCAGCCAAGUGUGACAUUAAUUAGCAGCCUUGCACUGAUGGAUUAAUUAAUAAAUGUUAAAAAGCC